GUGCCUGUAAGAGCGCUCAGGCAAGGCGUUUCGAAGUUGUAAACAGUAAAAAAGUUUUCGUAUGACAAUUAUGAGGCACUCGGAGUUGCAUGGAGAUGAAUACUCUAGAUUAAUUUACUACUCCCUGUUAAUACUGAAGUAAGCUCAAGCUAAAUAAUCUAUAAAAUGUCUAUCAUUGUAAUUAUGGCCUUCAUCAGCAGUUCCACUUUACAAAAUGUUGGUUUCCUUGAGAAUAAGCUUUGUUAAAUAAGAACUUAAAUCACUAUAAUAUUUGAGAGUUCCCUUGAUUUUUCAACACUAUUCCAUAAUCAGAUCCUACCCUGAUACAAUGGGAAUCAAACAAAAUUAAAUCAGUCCAAACGUCUCUAAAAUAUCAGGGUAUAUACGUUAAAAGAAUCGACACUUUGAUUUAGUCUCGUAAAUAUCCAUGUGAUGACAAAAAAGUGCCUAUUACUGAGCAAAGAACGAGCGGCAGAAAACCACGCAGCUGAAUUAAUAGAUACUGUUUCCUUUUAGGUAAGCGAGGUUUUGAUGACGGUUUUUUCAAACAGAACGCACAUGAGGAAAUGACUGUAAAAACUGAUUUCGUUCGCUGUGACAAAUUAACGCUGGAAAAGCCUAAACAUUGCUUUCGAAAGCGUCUGACUGAUUAUUACUCGUACAAUAUUUGUGCCAUUUUUCAAGAGUAUCAAAGAUAAUUGGUUGGCAGUAGAAUGGCGUGAUGUAACGGAGUGUUGGUCGGCGAAGGCUCGACGCGCCCUAGAGCGGCUGAAGGGCUCCGCCACUGUCUUCAGUAUUCGUAUCGGCAAGCUGAGGCGCGGACGCCAACCGCGCAAUUUGCCCCGUGUACUGCUAUACCACGUGUCGAUGAGAUACGAGUUGGUGAAAAAUAAAGUGCUACAAAGUGCUUGCUUUAAUGAAUUCUUUCAAAUAUUAAAAUAGGCAACUUUCUUGGAAAAGUUUUAUCGAAGUUUCUGUGAAAUCAAAGUUCAUUGGUACAUUGAGAUACGAAACUGUUUGCCUCGGAGAAAGAAUAUUUUUGUAUCUGGCAGUAAAAUGAAAGGGAGCAGAGAAAGUAUACCUACAUUAUAACCUACAUACAUUCAUGGAUGGAUCCGGAAACAUGCUGGGAACAAAAGACCUAAUCGUGUCAGAUAUUCAGUCAAGCGUCUGGGUCACCGCAAAUAGAAGCCACCCCAACGGGUCAAUCCAUAAUAAAGAAUCGUUUGUUAACGUUUCCAGAAUAAAUAAUAGUAAUCCUUUAAACGACGAUGAAUAUAUUUUUGAUAGAACAGAUAUCCGGGCUAUAUUCAUUGCUCUUUAUACGAUAGUCUUUUGCUGUUGUUUCUUCGGAAACCUAUUAGUAAUCCUUGUGGUGACUCUGUCAAGGCGGUUGAGGUCUAUCACUAACUUUUUUUUGGCUAAUCUGGCUGUCGCAGAUUUAUGUGUGGGAGUAUUCUGUGUCUUCCAAAAUCUGACGAUAUAUCUCAUACCUAGUUGGGUAUUUGGAGAUUUUUUGUGCAAGAUGUACCAGUUUGUACAUUCACUCAGUUACACAGCAUCUAUAUUUAUCUUGGUUGUAAUAUGCACUGAACGAUAUUUUGCUAUUAUACACCCUAUAACCUGCAAGCAAAUUCUUACGUCUACCAGACUUAGGAUGGUUAUCAUAGGCGUAUGGAUAACGAGUGCAGCAUACAGCGCGCCCAAGUUUAUAUGGGUUGAAACUAUAACGUACAACCUUGACAACGGGCACAUGGAGACAAUAUGCAUACAACAUCUAAAAAAAUACAACUCGGAGAUAUUCGAUUUGGUGAAUUUCGGAUUCCUGUACGUGACGCCAUUAUGUGUAAUGACGGUUUUAUAUACACGGAUAGCUGUAGGGUUGUGGCAGAGCUCGCACGGGCUACAGCACCUGGGGCGCGUGCAGUGCUGCGCGUCGCCUUACCCGCGCCCCGAGAAGCAACCGCUGAACUAUGAGCCACAACGCACAUUUGUCGGCAAUAAAGAAGCAAAGCGAGCGAUGAAGGCACUUAAAGCCUGUCGCGGCCCGGAGUCCCGCAACUGCCACCAUCUGAGUCACCUAUCACGCAACGUCCUGCGUGCGCGGCGCGGCGUCGUGCGUAUGUUGAUCGUGGUUGUGCUCGCCUUCGCCAUCUGCAACUUGCCUUUCCACGCGCGUAAAAUGUGGCAGCGCUGGUCCAGCGGGUACCACGGCACCGGUAAUUUUAGCACGCUCUUCACACCGCUCACCUUCCUAAUUACGUACUUCAACUCUGGCAUCAACCCGCUCCUCUACGCUUUUCUAUCCAAAAACUUCAGGAAAGGUAUGAGGGAGCUGGUGUUCUGCAAUUGUCACGGGAAAAGGAAGAGUGAUAACUUAAUAUUGUUAAAUCCAGUGGGGGUCGGCCUGCGGCGUAGCUCGACGCGAUCCACGCGCGCCAACUGCAGCACCGUUACCGUGGCGCCCAACGGAGACUCAUGAGACUACCGACGCCGGAGGUUUCUUUAUAAAGUGGAAGAUAUAGACAUUACUUGAUUAACGGAAAGCACGGAUGAAGUCACCGAUAGCAGCGGUCUUUACACUAUCUCUACCAUCUCCAAACGUGAUUUAUACGACUAAUAAAGAACUCUUCUACGUACCUAUUUGGACUCUUUGACACUUGUGUAGUAGUAGAUAAUUUACGUCUGAUAAUGUUAAAUGUUGUCAUCAAGUGAUCUCCUGAGCUUAAACGAGUACAUAUUUAUUUUUAGUAUAACUAGUAUUUAAUUAAUGUCAAAGAUAAGUUGUAACUACCAAAAAGCCAACAUAUCGUGUCCGUGUAUAUUAUAAUUAUUAUUAGAUCCAUGAUAAGCAGUUUAGUUCAUGCGAGAAUACAUAUGAUUUCAAUGUAUAUUCGAAUCAAACAAUAUGGGGCGCAUAAACUUCAACACACGAGGCAUGAAUUAGUAGAUUAUUUGUACAUUCAAUUGAUACAGGAAGUAAUUGAUCGGAAGGAGAACGCCAAACGUGUAACACGCAUGGAUUGAAGUUGAUGUGCCAAAAUAGAUAACUUGUUUUUAAUCGAAUCGUGUUUACUGUAUAUUUUUCGUGUAUAUAUUUAUGUCUCUAUAAAUAUGAAAAUUAAAGUCGUUCGUUAAAUUUU